AUGGCCGACGCCCUUGCUUCACAACUUAGCAACGCCAAGCUCAGCGAGGGCAGCGUAGAGCAAAGACUACAGGAUUCCUUGAAACUGCCUCCAAAAGAUGCCCGCCCACAGACAGAGGAUGUCACUGCCACCAAAGGCCUCGAAUUUGAAGAUUUCUACAUCAAGCGGGAGCUUAUGAUGGGCAUCUUUGAAGCUGGAUUUGAAAAGCCUUCUCCGAUUCAAGAAGAGACGAUUCCUGUUGCCCUUACGGGCAGGGAUAUUUUGGCCCGAGCAAAGAACGGUACAGGCAAGACAGCUGCAUUCGUUAUCCCCACCCUCGAACGCAUCAACCCAAAGAGCAGCAAGACCCAAGCCCUGAUUCUGGUUCCUACCAGAGAGCUUGCCCUCCAAACAUCUCAGGUUUGCAAGACUCUCGGAAAGCACCUGGGCAUCAAUGUCAUGGUUACUACUGGUGGAACUGGUUUGAUGGAUGACAUUAUUCGCCUAAACGAUGCUGUUCACAUUUUGGUUGGCACUCCCGGUCGAGUAUUGGAUCUGGCCAGCAAGGGUGUGGCUGACUUGUCCGAAUGUCCCACAUUCGUCAUGGAUGAGGCCGACAAGCUUCUUUCUCCGGAGUUCACUCCUGUCAUUGAACAGCUACUCUCAUUCCACCCCAAAGACCGUCAGGUAAUGCUCUUCAGUGCCACAUUUCCCAUGAUUGUGAAGUCUUUCAAGGACAAGCACAUGCGCAACCCUUACGAGAUCAAUCUCAUGGAUGAACUCACACUGCGGGGUAUCACUCAAUUCUAUGCUUUCGUGGAAGAGAAGCAGAAAGUUCACUGCCUGAACACUCUUUUCUCCAAGCUUCAGAUCAACCAGUCGAUCAUUUUCUGCAAUUCUACUAACCGCGUGGAACUACUUGCCAAGAAGAUCACUGAGCUUGGUUACUCCUGCUUUUACUCGCACGCCCGGAUGCUUCAGCAGCACCGCAACCGCGUGUUCCAUGAUUUCCGCAACGGCGUUUGUCGCAACCUCGUGUGCUCGGAUUUGUUGACCCGAGGCAUCGAUAUUCAAGCAGUCAAUGUCGUGAUCAACUUUGAUUUCCCCAAAAAUGCUGAGACCUACCUGCAUCGUAUCGGUCGUUCGGGUCGUUUCGGACACCUGGGACUUGCUAUUAAUCUGAUCAACUGGGAAGAUCGCUUCAAUCUGUACAAGAUCGAGCAGGAAUUGGGCACUGAAAUUCAACCUAUCCCUCAGAACAUCGACAAGAAGCUCUACGUUUACGACUCUCCUGAGAACAUCCCGCGCCCUAUUUCUCACCCUCAAGCCCAGCCUGGUGGCUCGCACCCUAACAAUGGUGACCGCCAACCCCGGCGCCAGAUCCACCACCCGAAUGGUGGUCAAUAUUAUAACAACAACCGCGGUCGGGGUUCUUACCGUGGUCGUGGACAGGGCCCGCGCCGUGGUGGCUCAAGUGAUCCGAACAAGGCCGCCCUUGCUCCUAGCCAGAUUGGACCCAAGCCGCCGGCACCGGCCUCCUAA